AUGCCAGAAGACGGUCAUAUCAAAAAGUUCAUCAACAAGCUCAGCGGCCAGCCGGAACUGUACUCCCGCAAAGCAAGGUACACUUUCGGCAAGACUUUGGGCGCUGGCUCGUUUGGCAUUGUUCGGUACGCCAGAGAUAACCAAACGGGUGAAGACGUGGCGGUUAAAAUCAUCUUGAAAAAGGCUCUCAAGAGUAAAGAGCAUGAGCAGUUUAUCGUGGACGAGCUUUCGUUGCUUAGAGAGCUCAAGCAUCCUCACAUUGUGGGGUUUAGAGACUGGUUCGAGUCGAAGGAUAAGUUCUACUUGGUGACGCAAUUGGCUACUGGCGGAGAGUUGUUCGAUAGAAUCGUGCAGCAGGGCCGUUUUACGGAGCACGACGCUUCGAUCGUGGUGAUCCAGAUGCUCGAGGCGCUCAAGUACUUGCACGAUCAGAAUAUUGUCCAUAGGGACAUUAAGCCCGAGAAUGUGCUUUAUCUUAAUGAAAAGGCCAACUCGGAUGUGGUUUUGGCGGACUUUGGUAUUGCCAAAAAGUUGCAGGACCCUCAGGAGAAGCUCAUGAGCUCUGCUGGCUCGUUUGGCUACGCUGCGCCUGAAGUUAUCACCGGUACGGGCCACGGCAAGCCUUGCGAUAUCUGGUCCUUGGGUGUGGUUACGUAUACGCUUUUGUGUGGGUACUCGCCAUUCAGGGCUGAGAAUGUUCAGGAUUUCAUCGCUGAAGUGAGACACAAUAACGCUGUGGUGUUCCACGCAGACUACUGGAGAAGUGUGUCUAAAGACGCUCGUAGAUUCAUUAUCAAGGCACUUCAGUAUGACCCAGAGCGCCGUGCAACUGCAGAUCUGCUUUUGAACGAUCCAUGGCUCGUCAGCAUUGCUAAGCAGCACGGUGAAGCCGACUUGUUGCCUAACUUGAAGCAGAACUUCGACGCGAAGGGCAAGUUCCGCCAGGCCAUCGAGGUUGUCAAGUUGGCCAACCGCAUCAAGAAGCUCAAGCACUUGCAAACCGAAGAGGACGACGAUCCUAAUGAAAUUAACCUUUUUGGCGACGAGGGAUCUGUGGUUAGCGAUAGCGAUCUUCCUGACACAAAACAGGAAGACAAGAACGCCCAGGUUAAAAACAAGAGCGGCGGGCUCUUUGACUGGAAAAAGAUUAGCGAGGCUCUUAAAGAAACCGAGGGAGGCUCAUCGCCAGAUUCCAAAUCUUCUAAGAGCACCAGCGAGGAUAAGUCAUCUUUAACAUCCAGUGCAUUCGUUCAAUUGGUUCAGGCCGCCACAGAAAACAAGGAGCGUGUCACGGAGUACCAAAAGAGAGAAGAUUCUGGAAAGACAGACAAGUAA